AUGACCGAAAGCGACGGCAUGCACAUCAUGAAUCCUCCGCCACUGCCAAAGCGACGCUCACACUCGGUUGCUACCGCGUCCGAGACAGAACCCUACAACCUCACCCCAGGGAGAGCACCCCACCAAGCCUCUAUCCACGACACUUACCUCGCACCAACAAUUCUCGACUCGUCUUCGACCAUUCCACCGCCUCUACCAACACGAGUCCAACCACCCAUUGUCGUUACUCCAGCUGUCACAACCGCAUGGAGCAACGGGGUCACACCCGCGCAAGGCGCCUACCCCGAACGACCUCUCAGUCCCCGCUCGACUUCGACAAGCUCCCAUAAUACCCCGACCACGUUAAGUCAGCAGGAGGUCUCCUUCCAAUUUGACCGACACGUCCAAGAGAUCCGCCGAAGGAGGACUGUGGCGACGAAGGGUCCGCCGCCCGAUCGGGAUGAUUUUACCAGAGUCGAGGCUGAGUCUGGGAAGCGUGUGCUCGAUGUCGGUCUUUAUGUUCAAGCUCAUCUUAUGUACUUUGUGGAAUCGCUGGCUCGUGACGACAAGGUCAAGACAAAGGUUGAGCCACUCCAGUGGUCCCGGAUAAGGGCCCUCCUCAGUCGACUCUACGACACCUCUAGCCCCGUCCAGUCACUUGGCCUCUAUGUCGACCGGAUCUUGUACUGGAGGAACCCACCUGAGACGUUUGCAUGGUUCACCGUUUACUUUACACUCUGGGCAUAUCAGCUGUGGCUCCCAGGACUCAUUUUCUUGUUCGCCCUCAAGAUCCUCAACAAUCGCUUUGGAUUUCUCGGGGACUUUAAGAAGGCACUCAAUGUACCAGACCCACUGGCAACCGUAUCGAAUGGAAAGGAGCCAAUGCGGAGAAGCACCAAAAUGCACUCUCAAUUGCGUGAGCUGAUUCAUUCCAAAGACUUGACGGACUGGAUCUCACAGAUGACAAGGAUCUGGGGACCCUUUUGCCAAGCACUCCUUGAGGAAAACAUUUGCUACUUGGAGAGGGUCAAAAAGUAA